AAACAAGAACAAAAUCACAAUACAAAAACAUAAAAACAGAUUCAGAUUCUCCUUACAGUGAGAAUCAUUGAAUCUAUCUUCGCUUCUUGUUCAUUCUUCUUCAGAUUUUCGUACGCGAAAACUGCGGACAUUCGGCCCUCGUUUGCCCCACCAAACCGCCAACUCUUCACUUCCACUAUUCUUAGAUCGCAAGCCGGGCUUGUGAUCUAGGAAUCUUCGCAACCAACACCGCGACCAUGGCCGACAAGGGACUCGAGGAUGUCCCCGAAGGGCAGAUCGAGUCCAACUACGAUGAGACAGUCGACUCUUUCGACGAGAUGAACCUGAAGUCGGAGCUGCUUCGAGGUAUCUAUGCCUACGGUUUCGAGCGCCCGUCUGCUAUCCAGCAGCGCGCUAUCAUGCCCGUUAUCAAGGGCCACGAUGUCAUUGCUCAGGCUCAGUCCGGUACUGGCAAGACCGCCACUUUCUCGAUCUCGGUCCUCCAGAAGAUCGACACCAACGUCAAGCAGUGCCAGGCCCUGAUUCUUGCCCCGACUCGUGAGCUUGCUCAGCAGAUUCAGAAGGUCGUUGUUGCCAUUGGUGACUUCAUGAACAUCGAGUGCCACGCCUGCAUUGGUGGCACCAGCGUUCGUGAUGACAUGAAGGCCCUCCAGGACGGCCCCCAGGUCGUUGUCGGUACCCCUGGCCGUGUCCACGACAUGAUCCAGCGCCGCUUCCUCAAGACCGACGGCAUGAAGAUGUUCGUCCUUGACGAGGCCGAUGAGAUGCUUUCGCGUGGUUUCACCGAGCAAAUCUACGACAUCUUCCAGCUCCUCCCCCAGUCGACUCAGGUUGUCCUGCUGUCGGCUACCAUGCCCCAGGACGUUCUGGAGGUUACGACCAAGUUCAUGCGCGACCCCGUCCGCAUUCUGGUCAAGAAGGACGAGCUCACUCUGGAAGGUAUCAAGCAGUUCUACAUUGCCGUUGAGAAGGAGGAGUGGAAGCUCGACACCCUCUCGGAUUUGUACGAGACUGUCACCAUUACCCAGGCCGUCAUUUUCUGCAACACCCGCAGAAAGGUCGACUGGCUCACGGACAAGCUCACUGCCCGUGACUUUACUGUGUCUGCCAUGCACGGUGACAUGGACCAGGCCCAGCGUGACCUGAUCAUGAAGGAGUUCCGCUCGGGUUCGUCCCGUGUGCUUAUUGCCACCGACUUGCUCGCUCGUGGUAUCGACGUCCAGCAGGUUUCGCUGGUCAUCAACUACGACCUGCCCGCCAACCGUGAGAACUACAUCCACAGGAUUGGUCGUGGUGGUCGUUUCGGCCGAAAGGGUGUCGCCAUCAACUUCGUCACCGCCGAUGAUGUGCGCAUGAUGCGCGAGAUUGAGCAGUUCUACAGCACGCAGAUCGAGGAGAUGCCUAUGAACGUCGCCGACUUGAUUUAAGAUAACAAUACGUAAAAGAAUUGCCAAUCGACACCAUCAAAAUCAUACCCACACACACAUACACUUGUCUCUCCGCCGCCCGCAAACCCCCUACUUCUGUCCGACACCCAUCACAUUACGCGCCUAAACCAAAAAAAAAAAAAAAAACUUUACACGCUUCGGGGCAUCAGUGCUGAGAGUUUGAUAGAAGGGAGGGGAAAACUGUUUCUGCUGGGUGUUUUGGGGAAAUUUCUGCGCUUUUUUUGACGUCUCUUCCUAUUUCGUUCACACAAAAGUGGUUUGCAUCUGGAGGGUUUGGCCGCUCUGCCCUGUCGACACCUUAAUUCUUGCGGGAAGGUGUUUUUGAUACUCUGCUGCCAAGAUAAUACGGCAGGAUCUGCGGUUUCUUCAGUCACGUCUCUUUUUAUCUCCUUUUUUCACGUCAUGUAUCUGUUCCUAGGUAGUGCUCACGCGACGACCAUGAAAACGUUCAUAAAUAA